AUGGCUGCCAGUUUGCCAGCUCCAACCGACCGUAUUCGUUCCGUCCUCGAAAAGUGCUUCGACUGGUGUGGGCUAGGGAUAUACAGGGUUUUCGGCAGUGAUCCAACACAUGUCUACGUUUUUAUGAACUGUCCAAAUGUUGAGCUACCCUCUCUAACUGUCCAACUAUGGGAGGCCGGAUCACAAAUAGAAUACUACGCCGGCUCGCAAUCACUCGAACUCAAUACAUUUGACUCGUCCACGGGGCUAUUGGAAGUGCCAUUCGCCCACCUAGCGAAAAGCAGGCCUGAAACUGUUGAGUUGGAAAAUGGUGGCAUGUACGCUAGGGAUCUUGCUAGUUAUACCCUCCAUAUGGUUUCUGAUGCAUGGUACAGGGUUAUCACGGAUACUCGACUUGCGUUUCGUAUUGUAAAGGGACUUGCGAUCAUGUUCGUCUUUGCGACAAGAGAGGAACUGCGUGGAUGGGCAAAGAUGGUGCUUCCAAAGGAUCGAGGACUUGAGAAGAUGGUGGCUGAAAUGGGCACUUUGAAAAUUGGCGUCAAUUUUGCGUUCCAAAAUUGA